AUGACCCCGGCGAUGCUCCUGCCGAGCUUACGGAAGUUCAAGUGUCCCUGGGCGCACUGUGAAAAGUCCUUCAAUCGCAAGUCCGACCUUUGCCGACAUCACCGCAUCCACACCAACGAACGACCAUACCACUGCACCGUCAAAGGCUGCAACAAGAGCUUCGUCCAGCGCAGCGCACUAACCGUCCACUUCCGCACGCAUACCGGCGAACGCCCACACGCCUGCAACUUUGCUGGCUGCGAGAAGGCCUUCUCUGACUCCUCAAGCCUAGCCCGCCACCGGCGCACCCACACUGGCACAAAACUGUACAAUUGCCCAGAGAGAACAUGUCACAAGAGGUACGACUCGCCUCUCGUACAGCAGGGUGCAAGAACAGACGACUAA